GGUCCGCGUGGAUCCGGGAAGUCAAUUACAGCGGCAACUUUCGCCCUGGAUCUUGCCCGAACGACUGAUUGGUCCUUCACGUGGAUUCAUCUAGUCCGCAAACAACCCCCAUUGUAUGUUCGCUUGGAAAGAAGCACCAAGAAGAGCAAGGGAAAUAUGAUAGACAAAGAAGGCUUGCGUCAGAUCCUGGAUGAAGUUGAAGACACGAAGAAGCACUUCGUGAUUCUCGAUGGAGUGACGGACGAUAAUGGUGCGGAAGGGAAAACCUGUUUUGAAUGGUUAAGGGCGGAUUGGGCUAAUCGCCGACUCGUGAUGGUCACGUCAAUGGAUUCACGCAGGAAAGUGAACCUGGAUGACGAUGAAACUUUUAAGGUGAAAGAACACGUUGUGCCGUCGUGGACAUUGAGUGAGUAUCUCGACGCCGUGAACGAUGACGAGCUGUUUGAAUCUGUCAGAAGUGAUUUGGACGCAUCAGACGAAGAAGACCCUACACGUCAGGAACUGGUGGAGGCGAAAUACUACUUCGCCGGUGGAAGUGCUCGGUAUAUGUUCGGUUGCUCGACAGCAACCGUCAUGACAUCACUGGAUGACGCCGUCUCUGCGGUGAGCAAUAACACGCCUGUCAAAACACACUCAACCGGCGUUAUCAAUCGUCUUUUCGGCAAAUAUGGAGACGGUCGUGGGAUUAUCAGCCGCUAUGCUGCUUCUGCUCUAGCGCUUGCUGGUGGCUCGGAGUUGAUCAAAAGAUUCGCUUCCUUCUUAACACGAUGCUCGAACACUGCGACGGACGGGGUGAUUUUGGAAAUGUACGUCUUUGCGUGUAUUCGGGAGGGUCGGUUCAGGCUCAAAACUUGGUUGCAGGAGGGUAAGCUUGUUUUCGAAGCUGACACGGCGACUAAGUUUCCGAAAAGCGUGGUUCUUGUCGUGGACCCCAAGAAGCUACCGCUGUUACCGAAGCUAUGCUGGCUGAAACCGAAAAAGUACAAUCAAGGGGGAUACGAUGCCGUGUACAUCAACAAGGAGUAUCAACUAGUUCGGUUUGUCCAAGUGGCCAAAAGCGACAAGCAGAGUUUCUUCAUUCACUAUUUCAAGGAGUUUCUCGACUCACUUAAGCAACGAGAAAUGCCUCACGUCAGUUUAGUGGAGAUUUUCGUCGUCGUUGAUAAACAAAAGAUAGCCAAAUUCAAGUUUUCCAAAGUGGUGGGCGAAGGUGGUUUGGCAGACUUCGGGUGGAGAAUUGGUGAGGAGACGGAGAACGUGAAGCGUGCUGUUCUGAAAGGUGUCGGCAGCUGGGAUGCGAUCCGAUGGUGA